CUCCGCUCUCCGUGCAGGGGGCGUUGCCGUCUCGUGCGCUCCGGGCCUUUGGUAGCCGGGUCAGACGGAUUGCUGCGGUAGAUGCGCCCCUCUGUCGAGUGCGGUCCCCUCGUCCCUUCUAAGCAUCGUCUCGCACCUUUUGAGCGCCGUCUGCUCUCCGGGAUGCCAACCAUCCUUCCAGCACCGCUCGCCUCGCCUCUGCUGUUAUAUUAUCCUUCUCUUCUUCCUCUCUUCAUUGUACCCUUCAUCUGCAUCUUUGCGCUAUCCUCGCCCUCACAUUGGGCUUCGCUCAUCCUGACAUCGGGACCAAUAAAUGUAUCAUCAGGCUAUAGAGCGCGAGUGUCCUAGCUGCGAUCCCUUGAAGGUAAGUAUACAAGAU